UAUACCCUCCAAAUUAUUUUUAUUCCAAUCUUUAAACUACCUUUAUUUUAAGAAAACUUUUAGAUUAGCUUUUUAUCUUAAAUAUACCAUCCAAAAACUCUCUCUCACACAUCAAAGAAUUACUUCAAUUCUCUCUCUAGCUAGCUCUCUUCUCUGGCCAUGGAGAAAAUUUUGAUGUCGUUUCAUGUGUUAUUUAUAUCUCUGGUAUUAGCGUUUAGUGGCUGUGGUGCUGCAGCAUGGCAAGAAGACAAGCUUAUAAAUCUAACGAGGUUGGAAAUGUUUGUCGAUGAACUUCCUGAUAUGCCUAGAGUUCAUGGGUUUGAUGUUGUCAAUGGUGUUUUCAAAUCUAAGCGACUUAAAAUUGGCAUGUUUAAGAAGGAUUGGAAAUUCCACAGAGAUAUACCUCCCACGCCAGUAUUUGCCUACGGUGUAUCCAGGCACAGUGCAACCGUCCCUGGUCCAACAAUCGAGGCCGUUCAUGGCAUUGACACAUAUGUGACGUGGACAAAUCACCUCCCUUCAAAGCACAUACUUCCAUGGGAUCCAACGAUUCCAACUGCUAUACCUUCCACAAAGAAGGGUAUUCCUACAGUAGUGCACCUCCACGGUAGCAUCGGUGAACCAGAGAGCGAUGGACACGCGGAGUCCUGGUUCACCAAUAGAUUUCAAGAGAAGGGAGCCACGUGGACUAAGAAAACUUAUCAUUAUCAUAAUCAGCAACAACCUGGAAACUUAUGGUACCAUGAUCAUGCCAUGGGGUUGACUAGAGUCAACUUACUGGCUGGCCUGAUCGGCGCGUAUAUCAUACGCCACCCUGAUGUUGAGGCCCCACUUCGAUUACCUUAUGGAAACGAGUUUGAUCGGACGGUUGUUGUGUUUGAUAGAAGCUUUCGUACUGAUGGUUCCAUAUACAUGAGUUCCACCGGAAAUAAUCCAUCUAUUCACCCACAGUGGCAACCGGAGUAUUUUGGCGACGCUAUUAUUGUCAACGGAAAAGCGUGGCCGCGUUUGGUUGUACGACGUCGUAAAUAUAGGUUUCGCAUUAUAAAUGCUAGCAAUGCUAGAUUUUUUAGAUUCUUUUUCACCAACGGUUUGAGAUUUAUCCAUGUGUCAUCUGAUUCCGUAUAUCUUGAAAAACCAGUUGUAACCAAUGCGACACUGUUAGCUCCAUCUGAAGUUGCUGACGUGGUUGUUGACUUUUCAAAGUCAAAGUCAGACAGUGUUAUUCUAGCCAAUGAUGCACCGUAUCCUUACCCUUCAGGGGACCCGGUCAAUGAAGCCAAUAAUAAGGUGAUGAAAUUUAUCAUCAAGAAAGAUCGUGAGCUUGACACAUGGAGAGUACCUAAAAAGUUGAUCAAAUAUCCUGCUCCAGAAUUAUCCACUGCAUCACAAACACGGUACAUUGCUAUGUAUGAGUACGCGAGUGACAUUGAUGAGCCAACUCAUCUAUACAUCAACGGUAAACCAUACGAAGCAGAGGUGACUGAGACACCGAAGGAGGGGACCACAGAAAUAUGGAAUGUGAUCAAUCUAACAGAGGAUAAUCACCCGUUGCAUAUACAUUUGGGGUUAUUUGUGGUGAUGGAUCAAACGGAGUUACUCAAUUUGGAGGAGUUUAAAACAUGUAUGUCGAAAUUGAACGAUGCGAUUAAAUGCCAGAUAAACAAGUAUGCACGUGGCAGAAACUUAGAGGUGCCGGCACAUGAGAAAGGGUGGAAGAAUGUGUACAAGAUGACUCCUGGAUAUGUGACGAAAAUUUUAGUGAGAUUUGCUUAUAUUCAUUCGAACGCAUCCUAUGCAUUUAAUGCAACCGCGGAGCCUGGUUAUGUCUACCAUUGCCACAUAUUGGAUCACGAAGAUAAUGCCAUGAUGCGACCCCUGAAGAUAAUUCGUUGAAGAGGCGAACUGAGAACAUCUUAUUCUAUACUCUCUAUAAAAAUCAACACACAGAGGUUAUUGCUUUAAAAUCUCAUUUUCUUUGUAAUUAAUAGUAAAAUAAUUAUGUAGAAUUCUUAGAGUAAAGCUAUUUUUCUGUAUUUAUGUGUAAUUUAAGGGAUUGAUUUAUAUGUUUUGUUGUAAUUUUAUUCCAAUUGCUCUUUUUGCUGA